ACCACUGGAUACAAGCUGCGUCAAUAACCUGAAAAACAACCUGAAUGCCGUCGGAAAGGAGGAAAAACGCUUAAAAAAUAAAGGUUAGGGGUUCACUGAAGGACCAAAAUAUAAUUAUUGUUUAGCAUUAUAUAAUUACGUAAGAAAUCCUACUGAUGCGACUGUUUUACAUUGUACGGCGUUUACAUUUUUAGCCGGCACAUUUUUGGUUUCCUCCAUUUGACCGUGAGUCUUGUUUUGAAAUGCCUCACCGUCUCCUCCUUUGCGCUCGGGCCGAAUUGACUCUGCACGGAGGCAACCCAUGAUCACAGACUCAACACGCAUCCUCACACCACUGACCUGGGCUGUGCUGUGUCCUGCAUGUGUGUGGAUGUGUGUGCAUGUGUGUGAGCGGGAGUGUGAGUGAUCCCCACCAACGAGCAGCAGGAUGGAGGAUCUCAAGGAGAAUCUGGGAACUUUGGAUUGACGCCCGGGGAUAACGCGCCGUCGGCCUGAACCUCAUUGGGCUUCUCGUGGAUUUUAUACAUUUGGAUGUUGUCUUUACCCAGUUUUUACCUUUUUCUUGUACGCAGUGGGGAUUUACACUUGGCUUGCAGUCUCUGCUAUUUUUGGCGAACAAAAUGCCAUUCGCCAAAAGGAUUGUGGAGCCGCAGCUUCUGUGCAGACACCAGAUCCCCAUCGAUGAAGGUCUGCUGUUCGAGGACCUGUGUGCCAUCAGCAAUGUGGUCCUCUCCCGGACCCUGCGACAGCUGUCCGACCUGGCGCGGCACGCCUGCUCCUUAUUCCAGGAGCUGGAAAACGACAUCAUGAGCACCAGCCAGCGUGUCUGGGUCCUCCAGAGCAAAAUAGGCCAGAUCCAGCAGACUGCCAGUGCCCUGGACCCCAAAAAGGAGGCAGUGCCGGUGUCGAACCUGGAUAUUGAGAGCAAACUGUCGGCUCACUAUCAGGCUCCAUGGCACCAGCAACAUAACGUGUUUCACCCUUGUUCCCGGCCACCAUGUCUGGAGGAGCUCCACAAAAAUGCUCAACUGAGUCUCAGAGCUCUGCAUCGAGACGAACAACAGCAUCAGCUGUCUUCAAGUCGGGAGAGAAACAGGGUGACCAUCUCUAUCUCAGUGGCACCCCCCAUGCCCAGCUUCCCUUCACCCCACAGCAUCCGACGGCAGCAGAGGAGUCGGCUUGCACGAGCGCAAGAGCGAGCAGAGAGGGAACGAGAGCUGGAGUAUCAACCAAAAAAGGAGAGAACUGUGAAAGAAAAAGAGAUGCAGACCACAGAGAGAAAGCUACAAGUGAGGCCUGCUAGAGAGGAGUGUAUGAAAACCAUCGAAAGGAAGUUUGAGUGCUUUUACUCACUUGACACUAUUGAAGGUUGCAUCUUCAUUCCAUGGAAUAGAAAGCCUACUCUGACAGAUAAAAGUGAAAGUGAUGAGGUCAUUGAAGGCCAAACAGCCAAGGCCUUAACCCACAGUGGCCCCUCAGCCCAGGAUAAACAGACAAACUGGUCAAAGGAAAACAUCCCGCCAUCAGAUCAGAAGACAAAUGGCGAUUCUCAAGCGGUCUCCUCAUGCAUAAUCCCCAUUAAUGUCACAGCAGGAGUCGGGUUUGACAGAGAGGCCAGUGCCCGUUGCUCACUAGUUCACUCCCAGUCGGUUCUUCAGAGAAGAAGGAAGCUAAGGAGGAGAAAGACUAUCACAGGAAUACCCAAACGGGUACAACAGGACAUGGACUCAGAUGAAUCACCUGUGGCAAGAGAGCGCACAGUGAUCAUCCAUGCCAAUUCGCAUCAACUCUCUCUCUGUCAAGAGGACCUCUCAAUUAGCGGGCGUCUCCAUCACACUCGUGACUCCGGCUGCCAGACAGAUGAUUUCCUUAUAGCAUGUACAGCUGCUCCUUCCAGAAGGCGAAUUAGAGCUCAGCGUAGCCAUCAAGGUAUCCCUGCCUCUCUGUCCCAUUCUACUGGUAACAUUUCCUCCCUGGGUGACCAGUCGGACUUUACAUACACCACAACCUCCACGAGAGGUGGGCACUUGCGCUCGCGUAGCCUUCCAAGAGAGGGUGGGCGUCUAAUGGACAGUGACGAGGACGACGAUGACAACUAUGAUGAUGAUGAUGAAGACGAAGAGUUGUCACCUUAUGAAGCAGAGGAUUUCAUUCCAUCAGGACCAAGUCCAAGAAUGAAGAUGAUGAUGAUGAAGGAUGAAGAAGAGAGCACAGAUGAUCAGGCAGCCCCUGAGCCACUGCAACUUGGAAGUCUAAAAAGAUUACAGAGGUCUAGUGAAAGAGACAGGGGGGGUGGAGCAGGAGGGAGUCCAGAACAUAGCUGGAUGGAGAGGGGUCGUUCUCGCUUGCCCCGCAAGGCUGACAUGGGUAGCUGUGAAAUCUCAUCAAGUUCUGAUACUUUUAGCAGCCCUAUUCACUCUGUGUCUACUACAGGAGUUCUAGGAAGCCAUGUGGACCACAAGGAAGACCACCAGUCAUCAAGUGGAAAUUGGAGUGGUUCCAGCUCCACCUGCCCCUCACAAACAUCUGAAACCAUCCCCCCACCCUCUUCCCCACCCCUGACAGGCUCUUCCCACUGUGAUUCAGAGCUCUCACUUAACACGGCGCCCAAUGCUAUUGAUGAGGGAUUUUCCCUCGAUCCUUCCUACCACUCUGACCUCAGGCCACAGAGUCAAGGGCACAGAUCAAGCUCUUUUACAUCAUCAGCCACAGACCAGCUUGAUGAUGCAGGGGUCAGUACAGCCAGUGAAGGGGAGUGGGCAUACCCCCCAGACCAAGAUCAGACUGAUCCAGACCAAGACCUGGAUCAGACCCAAAAGCUGAGUGAAAGCCACCAGUUUCUUCAAGGAUACAGCUCAAAAGAAGUUCUUAAUGACCAAACGUGUUUCAUUAAACAGAAAAUCAAUGCUGAAAAAGAGCCUGACUCUCAUUAUCCAUCUGAUACAGAGGGCUUCUACUCGUCCUCUGUGAAUUUUGGGGAGUAUAAUCAGACUUACAGAGAAUACACAUGUAACUAUGCAGACCAAGGGCCUGAUUGUCAUCAGUCCAACACUGUGGCAACACGAUUAUCCUAUGGAGAUUAUUCUCAGCCCUCACUUGAGUUCAAAACGAGCACUAUGAUUUUAGGUAGGACUUGCCGUCCUUUAAGAAAAUCAAAAAUCAAACCUCCACCACCCAAGCGAACAUCCUCGCUGAAGGAGACCAGUGGUAGAGUUGAUGUUGGAACAGACACACAAGCAGAUAAGGAUCAUCCAAAGAUGGUUAGUGAGCAAGAACUUACCUCGUCUUCCACAGAUAUGAAGCUGGAACUUGACCUGGAACUUGGAGGAGCUCCAGAACCAUUACAGUCAUCUUGUCUAGUUGCAGAGUCUUUGGGAACUUGGGGCAUGGGACUUGGGGGAGCCGCAGACAUGGUAGAGCCCAUGUCCUUUAGCUCUGCAGAUACACACUCAUUUAAGGAUGAAGGUGCUGUGCAAUCUGACUAUGCAGACCUGUGGCUUCACAACAGUGAAUUGAAAUCUAACAAUGAAACGCAAAUCCAGACUGUUGCCCAGACUAUAGAGUCCAAGGAAAGUAGUCCAUCUCUCCCCUCUGGAGACUUUAAACUUGGGUCACCUGAGAAACUGGCCGGUCUAGCUUCACCAUCAAGUGGUUAUUCAAGCCAAUCAGAAACCCCAACAUCAACCUUACCUUCAUCUUCAGCAGCAUUUUUCCCAGGACCACUGUCCCCUUCAACUGGCAAGAGAAAGCCUAAAGUGCCAGAAAGAAAGUCAUCUCUCUCUUCCUUGCAACAAUUUCCAAGAGAUGGAGUUUCCAUUUCAUUUUACAAUAAGAGAGAUCCAGACUUUCCACCUCCACCUUCUCAACUUGAUCUCAAUGUUCUACAUGGAGGCUAUGUUAGACACACGUUGUCCCACCGAGCAUACCACAUGCACACCCUUCACCAUAGCAAACACAGAGUUGCAAAUGUUUUAUCUGCUGGACCAAAAAUAUUGGUCCCUGAAAUAACUAAUAUCAAUCCAUCACAGAGUUCAAGCUCUGCUUUAACAAAUCCAAGCUCAAACGUUUUGCCAGGAACUCCAUCUACAAUUCGUUCAGUGCAGCUUCAUUCAGUUAGCCAAUCUGCAGAGCCACAGAGUUCUUCCACAACGUACCAGGAGACGGCAAAUGGAGCUGAGACUGUAACAAGGCCAAAAAACCCUGCUAGUGGUUCUACUCUGGCUCCUCCCCCUGUUAAUACCAGGCCUCUCCCUCCCCGAAGGCCACCUCCCAGACCCCCAUGUCAUGAUCACACCUCCUCUCCUGAACGUUCACAGCCACCUCCACCUGGUCGCCACCCAGAUGGACCUCCAUCCUACGAAAGUCUGCUUCUAAGGCAGGACCGCUAUGGACCAGGAACAUUCUGGGCUAUGACUGCCUUCAGAACAAGAAUGGACCCUUCUGCAGACCUCUCUGAAGACAGUUCACCCCUGCAUAGACCAGUGCCACGUGCUCCACACCCUUCCCCAGUGGAUCUCCACACACAUAUUCACUCACACACUGAGUUCAGAGGGCUCACCCACUUAACACAUGCACGUUCCGAGUUUAGAGUUUUAGGGGAGCGCUCAUUCUCCCAGGAUGAUGAUGAAGAUGAGGAGGAGGAGGAGGAGGAGGAGGAGGAAGAGCAGGUGAAAGAGCCGAAGAGGGCUGCAUGUUCCAGAGGAGGAAUGCGAUCGGACCACCAUCCUCCCCCAGCAUAUGAAUUUGCUGGGGGAUCCCACUUAAACUCAGGGCCAUGGGCUAGUCCUGUUAAAGUGCCUGGUAACACAACAGAGACAUCGCAUCCUUACCUAAUCAGCGAUGCAAGGAAAGGAGGACAAGAGGUGCAGGAAGAAAAGAAGGAAGUGAUAUCAGGUGCUACCAGAAGUGCCCAUCAGCACUAUUUCCAGGAGAGCAAGGAUGACUCCACCACUCCUGACACUGAGGAUUACUUUAGCAAAGGGAUGUUGUGUUCUACAGAUUCCACACCGAGUGACAAUUCACUUUCCCCCCUGACGGAUGAUACCAAAGUGGAUGACGACAUCAUUAUUACAUCACCUAACAAGAGUCGUACAACAGAAGAUCUUUUUGCCAUGAUACACAGAUCCAAGAGAAAGGUCCUAGGCCGUAAAGAUUCAGGAGACCUAAAUGUAAAGUCUCGUCUUUGCCCCACAGCAUCUGUAACCCCCAGCAAUGUUCCCACUAACGUUGUCCCUCCAGCCCCUCCUCUUAACUUUCCAGCUACUUUAGCUAAUGCUGUUGGGUCACAGAGAGCUCCUGUUCCAAUCUAUCGAAGUGCUAAGAAAUCCAGCACAUCCAACGAGGAGUUUAAACUUCUUUUGUUAAGAAAAGGGAGCAGGUCUGAUUCUAGCUACCGCAUGUCAGCCACAGAGAUUCUGAAGAGCCCCAUCACCCCCAAAACACCAGGGGAGUCCCUGCAGGAAGGUCCUAUUAGACAGGCAGAGGAGCAAAGUUCUGUGCCUCAGGAGCCUCCAGUCUCUCCUCUGGACUCAAUCCAGAUACCAGGUCUUUUUCCUCGGGCCAACUCAGAGAGUUUUACUCCCAAAACCCUCCCCAUGUCGGCUGCAUCUCGACAGGGAAGGUCUCGGAUCCCCCCGGUUGCCAACAGCAGCCGCUACAGUACACGCAGUCGCCUCUACACAGCCCCCAUGCAAGCCAUUUCUGAAGGGGAGACAGAGAACUCAGAUGGGAGCCCCCAUGAUGAUAGAUCGUCAUAAAAUGACCCAAUGAGAACUUUUGCCCAUUGUUAACUGGUUUCUGGAUUUUUAAACCCUCGCUCCUCCUUUUCACUAGUGGAGGGAUUCCUGCACUGUUUCAAAUCUGACUGUUGCUGAAAUGCACUCAGCUGUAAACUGCUUAAAAGUGGCAGACAGAGAAUCAUUAAGGGAUUAUAAUGAAAUCCUGACAAUAUAUCUAAAUACUUUAUUUAAUGAAGAAUAAUCCCCUUCUUUAAAAGUGUAAGAAAUAUUUUGAUUGAACAGGCUUUUGUUUAAAAAAAAAAAAAGAUAAAAAAUGUCCUAAAUGUUUGGAAAAUGAUGAGAAAUAAUAUUGUGACAAAGUGCAUGUGCAUAUACAGGCACAUGUAAUCUUUAAUAAUAUUUCUACUUUUUGUGUUUUGAAUGGCGCGGGUGCAGGUGUGUCACUUAGGGACUGAUUUAUUACUUCAUCUAAAAAUUCUUUCCACAUUUUGUAUUAUUUUAACCUAUGGUGCUCACUGCAUCAGCCAGACUUCCUAGAGUCUUUACUCAGUUUUCCUGCCAACAAGCAAAGUCGGCUUGAUGUGGAAGUCACUAGCAAGAGUCUCAACUUAGCACCAAGUUUUCUAUUACAUUUACAUCUGCAGACCUGCCAUAAAGUAUAGUACAAAGAGCCAGUGUUAUAUUUGUCAACAAAAAUAAUAUCCAAAUACUAACAUGAUGCAUGUAUUUUUGUAAAAAUGCACUUCAGAACAUGAUAAGACUUCAACUUGUUGCAUGACCUAUGUGGAAAGAACCCCUGGAUCCUGGUUUCUGUCAAGAUUUUUGUACUUCUUUUGUAUAACAGGAGAAAAGAUUAUUUCACUGCUAAAGAUUUGAGUUGCAUUUGGCCACAUUGAUUAAAUCUAAUUUUUUCUUUAAUUUGUGUGUUAAAACAGAAGGAGCAAGGGCACCUACUUGUCUAUCAUACAGGCUAAUUUUGGACAAUCGCACAGUGGCCUUUCUCCUACAGAGGUGGUUGUGGCAGGGGAUUUAAAAGUCUCCAGAUGUAUAAAUUUACAUAAAACUGUGUCAAGUUUCACUAGAAUUAAAACACACUUCAAAAGCUGACCUUAAAAUAUCCUGCUCUUUCCAGCUGCUAACAAGAGUUACAGUGCCGAAAGCAGGAAAAGUUGCAUGUCAAUGCAGAUUAAACCGAACCAGUGACCGCAGAUGGUGAAAAUGCUUUAGAAAGGCCUUCAGUCUGUUGGACUAGAGGUAAACUUGGUAUGGUUUCACAGAUCUAACCUCGUUUUGCACUUCCCAAGAAGAUUCACAAGAAUAGAAGAAAGAAAGAUAUAUCUUAUAAUGAAAUCCGUGUAUAUUUGUACUGAAUAGAAAAGCUCUUAUCUAUAUUAAAAUGAAGAGAACUUCUAUGGGGAACCAAUCCACGUGUAGCAAAGAACAGGUCUCACUGACAUUACACAUGAUUUUUUUUAGCAGUGUACUGUUCGCCUCUCCUUGUUGCCUCUCCUUCAUUUGCACUGACCCAGUAGCAUUAGACAGGUGAAAGCUCAACCCAAGUGGCCGAUGUAAAUCACUCUGAAUUACACUUCAAACCUCACAUAUCACACCUUCUCAGAGAGAGUAGAGAUGAUAAUAAAGGACAAGAGUACAACAUAAUGUUGAUGGCCCAUUAUUCAUUUUUGCUGCAAGGGUAAAAGAGAUGUGUCCUUUGAAUAAAUAUCUUUCAUCAAUGGAAAGCUUGAACUCUCAACUUGCCUACCAGAACAAACACAACACAUAUACUUCUUCUGUUUAGAGACCAUGCUUCAAAUGAAACUAUUCACUGUAUUCUGUGAAUACCUCAGAAAGCAUAUCUAGAUAGAUAGAUAGAUAGAUAGAUAGAGAGAGAGAGAGAGAGAGAGAUAGAUAGAUAGAUAGAUAGAUAGAUAGAUAGA